AAAGAAAAAAAGGAGAAAAACGAAGAUAAUAUACUUGUGGAGAGUGCGUGCCCAAAACAUAAGCAUUUCUCUUGCACAAUUUAUAACAGCUCUAAUUCAGUCAAUUGGAGAUUGUAAUACCACACAAAACAGAGAAGAGGACUACCAAGAUGGCUUCUUUGAACUUAUUCUUUACUCCGAUAGUCGCCACCCAAAGAAGAGUAAGAACUGCAGCCACGGCGGCUAAGUCAUCCGGCGGUGGCAGUGAGGAGAAGGGACCGCUAGAUUGGAUCAUUGGGGCAUUACAGAAACAAGACCAGUUCUAUGAGACUGAUCCAAUCUUGAAGAAGGUGGAAGCGAAGAAUGGCAGCACCGCCAAAAACUCCGUCGCAGUUCCGCCAAAGAAGAAAAAUGGUGGAGAUGGUGGUUUUGGGCUUGGUGGCCUCUUUGCCAAGAAAUGAAAUGGGAUGAUUUCUACUCAUCUGUCUGUCAGUUUGUUAUCUUUUUUAAAAUUAAAUUUUCUUUUCAUAAUUCAGUUGCACAUUUGACUUUGAAAUUGUACACUUAAUUUGAUGUUCAACUACAACAUUCCAAAAUUUUAAACCUAUAUAAAUCUAUCUGCCUCCAUGUAUUUAAUAUAAGUUUCUAUAAGUGGCUUUGCGUGCAGCUUCUUCUUCAUCAA